AUGUGGAGUUCGGUAUGGCUUAGAGGAUAUGCUGUUACGCAUCAGCCAAUGACCUUUUCCAAGGAUUUCGUCGCCGUUAUCACCAACUUGGCUCCCACCCCCACAUCCUCAGCCCAGUUCAACCCCACGACCAUGACGCAACUCGAUAUUCUAGAAAACCGUUGUUUGAUGUUACCGGUUUUAGUGCAGACCCCAAACGAUAUCAGUAUGGAACUGCCGACCGGUACCGAUUCGAAAUUCUUAGCCGUCAACUCUACAUCAUCUUCUGUUGCUGCCACUAACGGCGACUUAUACUCUACCACUAAGACAAAAGAUUAUAUGGACUCUCUACGACCACCUUCACCAAAGCAAUUCGAACGAAUUGCAAUUGUUCAACAACAACGCGAACAAGAAACAAAGCGCAGAGAUCGCGAACGAAGGCGCUGGUCGCGCGAAGCCCAGCGUCAGCGCAAUAGAGCCGCCAGUAUGUCGACAGUCGAUCAGGACGACCAAGCGCAGGCGCAAGCUGCGCGCACUAUACAAAAGACAUUUCGAGGGUAUCGCGCCAGAAGAGAGAUGCAAGGGUUUGGGUUAGAUGCAAGUACAAGAUGGGUCACUGCAAUUCGAGAAGCUCAAUUUCGACAUGCGACAUUGCCACGACCGAAAACAGAAGCUGAUAACAAAGCUUUUGAUAAGUCAAAAGCUGACGAUUUUGCGAAACAUAAAUCGGCGAGUGCACGAGAGAAAUGGAAGAAGGCGAGCGCCGUUGCGCGACGAGCAGGCCAUGAUGAUCUUUUAUCGGAUUCUGAAUCCUCAGAAUCGUCUUCCGACGAAGAUGCCUCCCCUGAAGAACGAGCUGCUGCACGAGCGCGACGCGAGAAAGCUACUGCUGCACGGAAACAUGAGGCGCGCAUGAUGGGAAUUCGAUACUUCCUCGAGAUGGUCGACCAGAAGCACCGUUACGGAAGCAAUCUUUGCCGUUACCACGAAGUUUGGAAGCGAACAGAUACAACUGAGAACUACUUCUACUGGCUUGACUAUGGUGAAGGCCGCAACGUUGAGGUUGAUGGUUGUCCACGCGAUCGACUUGAGCGGGAGCAAGUCCGAUAUCUGUCUCGCGAAGAGCGCCAGUACUAUCUUGUUGAAGUUGAUAGUGAGGGCCGACUCUGUUGGGCGAAAAAUGGCCAGCGCAUUGAUACCACUGAGGAGUUCAAGGACAGCAUACAUGGUGUCGUGCCUGUGGACGAUUCCACGCCGGCCUUCAACGCCGCAGCCCAGCCUAAAGAUGUACGAUCCCUCGAAUCUGUCAGCAGUUCCAGCUCCGAUUCUUCUCUAGAGUCACGACGAGAGGCAGACCGGGCUGCCAAGUAUGCGACCCCUGACUUUGACAACAGUCAGGGUAUGAACAAAGUGUCUCAGAUUUCAGCCUCCACAAUCUUUAACAGGUUAAUGCGCAAAUCUGUCCGGAAGAAUACAUGGAUCUUCGUUGCAGACACAAGUUUUCGCAUGUAUGUGGGCAUCAAAGAUUCAGGGGCAUUUCAACACUCGUCUUUCCUCCAGGGUUCUCGCAUAUCGGCUGCAGGCUUGAUCAAAAUCAAGAACGGUCGAUUAUCGUCCCUCUCACCACUGAGCGGACACUACCGCCCACCCGCUGCAAAUUUCCGCGCUUUUGUUGCCAGUUUGCGGCAGUCAGAAGUUGAUAUGAGCCACGUCUCGAUCUCGAAGUCCUAUGUGGUGUUGAUAGGACUAGAGACAUAUAUCAAGACGAAGCGCAAGGGCAAAGACUUUGCUCAGCGUGUGGGACACAGGAAAGAUAAGAUAAUUGCCCCAGAGGAGGCGGCGCGUAGGGAAGAGGAGGCCAGGGAUAACAGUGAAAGUGCCGCGAAGGAAAGGGAGGUCUUACAACGAGAAGAGGCGGAGAAGCAAGAGGGAAGACCUGUAAAAAAGGUCUUGAAGAAGCUUGGUAUCAAACCAACAAAGGAGGAGAAACAGGCGGCUAAAAGGGAGAAAAAGGAGGAUGUCGAGAUGAUGCACGUAUACUAUCCAUCCUGUGGCCUGAAUAGAGCUUCAAGACCUAUUAUCCUCCGAUACCCACCAAGCGAAGACCUCAGAGCAGAAAGAAGCACAGAAAAGCCAUUCAUGUAUACCAAAGCGUCUAUCCUGAGUGAUAAGAGUAAUACGAUAACCGAUCUGAGAGUGGCUCCAGCGCGAGGACGCCCUGUAGCUCUGCAUUUGCCAGUGGGAUAUAGGGGGUACAGUGGCGCCAUUGCCCUGAAAUUGCAAGAACACUGGUGCUCAAAAUCUUGGCUUGGUGCCCUGCGAGACGGAGCCAAGCUUCCACUGACUGCAAGCGUCGCACCGAAGCCGCGUUCGAAAAACCCCAUCAACAUCGACGACGCCAUCUUCAAACUGAGCUGGCGGACUGAGAGAAAUACAUCCUUGAAACCAUGCCAGGCAUUUGCUCGUCUUCCAAUGGCUUCCGUCACCCGUUCCUCGCGGCGCGCUGAAGCUCCGCACCAGCAUCAUACGCAUCACCACCUGACGCCCCCAGCAGGAGUAUUCGCACAUGCCCAGGGCGGAGGAGGAGGAGGAGGAAGAGGGCGCAACAAAAGGGCACUCGACACCCACGAUCGCGAUUUCGAUGCGAUCAAACCGAAAAGAACGCGAUUAACAGUCGAGAUCUUCGCAAAGGGCACCCACGGACUCCGUGAUGCCGAUAUCGACAACAACAAAGCGGCACCACCCACGCGCAAACCUGCUGCGACGCCCACAGUGGCGACUGCGACACCAGUACCCCCUCCUCCUAUGACCGAUAGCGCGACAUCGAAGCCGAAGCAGGAGCAGGCUCUGACAAAACACCAGAGCAAAGUUAUCAAUGGAAUCAAACAUGAACUCGAUCGGUUACAGCCUCAGCCGAGCGAUACCAAUACCCAAGAGCAAGGCCGCAAGCUGCGCUCUCAGGAAGCUACGAGGUUCAAAAGCGAACUUUCUGCCUAUUUUCCUGAAUACGAUGAGGUGAUUGGGAAUGAGCCCAAGGAGCAGCAAUUAUUCAAUGUUGACACGCCGAUCGUAGUCGUUGAUUCCGAUCCACGACGCGCCGUUUCAGAAAAUCAACGCGCGAUCCCACAAACUCAUCACCCCGCAAUUGAAUAUCCCGUGCGAGGGUACGGUGAUGCCCUCUUCUACAAUGUAUUCGAUUGUCAGCAAGUCGAUCUAGGGUUUCUAGAAUCGCAGUCGAAGAACAAGACCAUUGAAGAUCCUUUACCUGAUAGACUAUAUCAGCCAAUACAUCGUCGCGCCGAGCGGCUGGAGAGGUCAAUACGUAAUACCGAGAAAGGCAGAGCACAACAUGAAAGGGAUCAAAUUAUCCGACUUCUCGAAGGACUCCAGGGCCAUGACUGGUUAAGAGUCAUGGGCGUCAGUGGUGUGACAGAGACGAAGAAGAAGACAUUUGAGCCUGCUCGUAACCAUUUCAUCAAAGGAUGCCAGGCUAUUCUUGACAAGUUUCGAAACUGGGUGUUAGAAGAGAAGAGACGGAAGAUGGAGAAAGACAAGGCCCGGGCUGAGAAGGAAGAAGAGGAAAACUCAUCAAGCGUUGAAGAAGACGAAGCUGGCGAUGACAGCGAGAAUGGUGAUGCAAGCGACUCAGAAUCACCCGCAAAGCAACUGCAAGAGGAAGCCAUGGCAAGAUCCAAGAAUGGCAAAGGUUUAAAGAACCAAAAAUCGACUCCCCAACCAGCUGUAGCCAAAAUUCCGCGUCCUGCAAAAGCAGCACCGGCUCCAAGGCCGCCAGAACCACCUAAGGAGUUCAAGUCGUUCUUCAGCAAGAGAUAUGAGCGUGACAGCGCUCUGCAUCGACACAGGCGCACAGGGAGGAAGAUUAUGGCAUGGGGUCUACCCAUGCCUGAGAUACCCGAGGUUGAUUUUGAUUUGCCGGAGGAAUACCGUGGUGAAGAUACCCUCAAGGCUCGUGCGAGGCAGCAGCGCCGUGAACGAAGACGCAGCAAGCAGUGA